CAUCGUCAGUUGCUAGUUAGAAACAGUGGCGAAAUCCUGUUCGCCCGUGUCGAGGGAAAUCGCGAACCCGAAGCUCUUCUCCACUCCGCGUGCGUUGACAGAGGUCAUUCGUCACACCGCCACUUUUCCGGUACACGUGACGAGAUAUCACCUCGUUCGGUUAUGCCGAAGUGUUAUUGAAAACGAAAAUGUAACUUGGAUUGACAGCGAAUGAAGAUAAUCGCAUAACUUCUUAAUUAUGGUAUAAUAUAAGUGGAUUAUAGUGUUAGUGCGAGUUGUUCCACACGUUAGUUUGCUGUCGGUGAAAUGGAUAUAAGUAGCGAUAGUCGCAGACGAGUCCUGUUCCUCAUCCUCGUCUUGAUCACUGGUGGGGCGACGGGGCUUCGAGACGUCCGGAUCACGGUGCCGGCGAUGGUCAGAUCCAGAGACUCGGCGCUGCUCAGCUGCGACUACGACUUGGAAGGCGCCGAUCUCUACUCGAUAAAGUGGUACCACGAGGAGGAGGAAUUUUACCGCUUCGUCCCUAAAGAAGCUCCACCGCAGGCGAUAUUCGCCGUUCGCGACAUCCAGAUAGACAGCCAGCACUCGAACACGAGGGACGUGACGUUGGUGAACGUGUCCAGAAAGUUGACCGGAAGAUACAGAUGCGAGAUCUCCGCGGACGCUCCGUCAUUUCACACGGUGAUAAAAACCGCGCCCAUGCUGGUCGUCGAUGUCCCGGAAACGGAUCCCUCGAUCCAGCCGGAGAGACAACGCUUACCUGGGGGAGAAACUCUUCGGGCCAAUUGCACGUCGGGCGCCUCGAGUCCCGCCCCCACCGUUACGUGGGCCGUCAACGGCGACCCUUUGAACCGGACAAAGCUGUCGCACAGAACGCGGUCCCGUCUCUUGGGACACGGCGACCUCCAAGCGACCCUGUCGAUGUUGGAGCUCGAAACGUCCGGUGAGCUUUUCAAGGACGGCAAGUUAGUCCUACGCUGCUUCGCGGCGAUAUCCACAGUUUAUACGGCCUCCGCCGAGUUGGUCGUAGACGAAGACACACCCCUCCUGGCGCCCAUCACCGGAGACGCCUCGACGCACCUCCGUCGGUCGAGCGGCUGCGGCGUGAAAAGUUCUUCGGAGAUGGUCGUCCUCUUCGCCUCGCUGGCGUCGCUCGCAUCCUGGAGCAGGUAGCUCCUCGGCUGGAGAGGAGGCCGUCGUCGCCUCUGUCCGACCCGGUCGCAUCGUCCGCGUCAACCCAGUAGCUAGGGCUUCCAGUUAUGUAUGUUACUAUGUAUGGUGUAGAUAGGUGGAUCAUUUUUAUCGCGACGACGAGCGACGAGCGACGAGCGACGCGCCAACGAAACGACGAGUCGGAGGGCCAACGGAGCGAGGGAAGAAAUCGAAUCAAUGAGAACCCAUAUACAAUUAAUUUUAAACACGUUAUCUUUUGAUGUAAAUUGUUGAUAAUAAAAUGCGGUCACGUAUUACGCAAUCGAA